UUGGAGAACUUGCACAAUUGGUGGUUGACUAAAUACUUAUUUGCCCCACUGGACAUACAUUAUGAGGCAAUAACAAAAUAGUAACGCACAGGCACUAUGGAAACUAACUUUAAUCAGAUUACUGGGGUUAAUGACAGCACUGAUAGAAACACAUAGUGCCGUAGCAUGCUGGGCAGCAUUGAGUUUUUUGGGGGGAAGAUACAGUGUAAUGUGGUGUAAUUUAGAGAUCAAGUCGCAGUUGUUUGAAGGUUUAUGAUUACAUGCAAUCAAUGGUAAUUCCCGUUAGCUCAUCUAACAUCAUCAAAACCUUUGUUAAAUGAAAUAUUAUGGGUUGGGUUAAAAUUUUGGUCAAAAUACAACAUUGGUUUAAUUUUAUUUUAAAUUUUAAUGAGACCAAAAUCUGGAAACACAAAUCUUGAUCCUAAUUUGGAGAACUCGGAGAACUUCAUUCCUCCUAUUUUUUGAUGGCAACAGAACGAAAACAGAUGACACAACAAAUAGGGGGUCACUGUAAAUAUCUAUAUCAGAUGCAGAAGCAUUCCGGGGCAAUGUUAGCAGGCUGGAGUUGUUCGGGACAGGAUGGAGCAUUUGUGCGGCUCUCCUAUUGAUCCACUCUGCCAGACUCUGGUUGCAUUGUCAGGGGAUGUUAUGAUCCACCUCUGCCCGGAAUGCUGCCUCAGCUUCCCUUUUGCAUGAGGGGUGAGGUGCCUCCAAUGUGAAAAGAAAUUAUUCAACUCCCUUUAACACGCUAAUUUUACGGUUUCGUCUUGAAUAUGAAAUGUCGACAGGAAUGUUAACUGAUUGAUCAAUUUUUUUUAGUCCAGGUGUAUGGUAUUAACCCUCGACUUUACACGGUGAUGAUGCGAAACCAAGACGCAAUGAUUGUGUUGCAGAAUGGGCCCACCGGCCUCCAAAGUUGAAGGAUUCGAUUGCGGGCUUGCUCCUCAACCAUAUAAAUGGAAGACUCUCAUUACAAUGACGUCACCACUCGCACACGUUAGUUUGGGCAUGCGCAGUAGCCGCUAAUAAACAUUCAAAACUGUAAGCAUGGCAGAACAUUGGGUUUAAUUGACUGUGUUUAUAAUAUUUUUUAUUUAAUCAAUUUUAUGUUUGUGUUUUGUGACAUGCAACUUAAAAAAAAAAAAAUAUCAAGAGCCAAGUAUCCUUAUAUGACCUUACAUUGCAUGUUCACCUCUGGUUGACUUAGAUUUUUUCAGUCAGUGUAUUUAUCUUUGUUUUUUGUUUUUUUAGGCCUCUUUUGACAAGUGCUAAAAAAAGAAACAAUCACACACCUGCGUGACAGUAUCAAGAGAAUAAAGCAAUACUGCAAGAUAUAACACUGAACUCAUUUUUUUUUUUAUUUCCUUCGUCUUCUCCAUUUACGAAGCUUAGUUCUCAUUCAGGUGACCAAGGUGGUGUUUUUCAAGAUGUCUGAGCAUGUGUCAAAUCUGUUUUUUUUCUGGUGGGAAUUCAUCAAAACCCAGUAAACUUUGGCAAUACGCUAACCGAAAAGGAGACGAGCUGGCAGAAUGAAGGUGAAAAUUUUGGAGGGGAAGUGAAAAUGAGAAGAAUUAGAAAAGUAAAGAUGGAGAAGAGAAAUGAGACAAUGCUGAGCUAUAAUUAGACUGACUGAAGAGUAUAAAAAAAAAACAAGAAAAGACUGUGCUAAUCUCAUUUUGUGCCAUCUUUCGCUUAAUCCUCUUGUCAUCAAUUCACUUUCUAUCUUUAACAAUGGAUUAACAGCAAACGAGUAUUUCUAAAUGUUAUUUUCUCUCUAUUCUCUUCUCUUUCGCCUUGUCUUUAUUCUCUCGCCAACCUCACGCUUGUUUGGAGGCACUGCACCCCCAACUCCUGCUUCAUGUUCAGCCCUAAUGAUGAAAAUAGUCACCGUGUAUUGUCCACUCCAAAGGCUGUGAUUGUGUGUAUGUGUGCUUGUGCGUGCCUUUUUCAUGAAAAUAAAUAAAUAAAUAGAUAAACAUUUCAGGACUAAAGCCCUGAGACAUGUUCUGCUAAAAGCUGUGGUGGAGUGCACUUCAUUUAUAAGCAGCGACCUUAAAUGAGGCUGAUGAGAGCAUACCAGCAUAAUGGACACCAAAGUAGGGUCUUCGGUGCCUCAGGCCUGGGGAUGAGCCAGCCCAGCUGUGGAGGCUGCUCCUUUGCUUUAAGACAGGGGUGUGCAAUAUUUUUCCUCCAAGUGCUGUGCACUGAAUAAUGGAAAUCUGCAAGGGCCAUUUCAUCAUUAUUUAGAUUGCAUUAGUUAAAAUCAAACUAAAACCAAUCCAUGAAGCAAUUUUAUAUUGUGUUUUUUAAUAGCAUAGUUGCUCCUUUUUUGUUGUGAUAUCAAACAUACAGCCUGUGGGCAGGAACUGACGUGCCAGAAGAAUGUAAUUGUGUGCCAGUCAGGGACAUAAUAUUUCGUUAUUUACUGUACUGUUAUUAGUUACCUAUCAUGGAAUUCCACUUUUCUUCCCACUGUUUCAUGCAUACCAUAACUGUAGGAGAAAAAAGCGUGUCACCUGGUGUUUGUGAAGUUUGUCAUCUAUGCGGUUUGUGAUUGGAUUCCAAUCGCUUUUGCAAGUCUAAAUAGUCUGCAAAUGAGCAGAUUUGAAAUCGUCAACAGUAUCACGGGAGCACGCAAGAAUCCGGCCACUUUGCUUUUGAUACAUGCCAAUUCUUCUUAGCAGAACUAGAUGACUGACAAUGCAUCUCACUCCUGCAUUCAAAGACUGCUAAAAAAAAUUUUUUUAAGACAAAUCCUAAAACACUUCAAAACAAGGAUUUUAUAGUGUUCAGGCCCAUUUCAUGAAGAACGAAUGUAAAUAGUACGUAAUACGGACAUUUCCAGGUUCUCUGACUCUGCCAAACCAUGGCCAAGCCUUGCAAAUGGAUAUGGUUGUGGUUUACUAGAAAACGUAAUACGAUGAGCCAUACUGGUUUCAAAACGGAUGUGUGAGCCAUUCAGUCAAGGGCCUGAAUGGAAUGAUUUCAAAAAAAAUUGUUUUUGUUCCAUCUGCGUGCUCGUGCAUCGUGGGAAACCCUUGGUUAAGUAUAUUUCCCAAUGAUAGAUCAGAACCUCAAACUGAACCAUCGGAUCGGGUCAAACCAAACAAUUUCCAAUCUAUGAGCCAUAUUUCAGAUUGUGCCAAAUUGUACAUCGUUAAUGGCAAACCAAAUGUCAUUCUUUAGCAGCGCUUACCAAAUGACAAGUACAGUGAUCCCUCAUUUUUCGCGGUUAAUGGGUAUCAGAACCUGCCUUGAUAAGUGAAAAACCACAAAGUAGCGCACCCCCCCCCCAAAAAAACAUUUAUUUUUUCUUUUUUUCGUGCAUUCAAUAUAUUUAUUCUGAUUUAGCAUUGGAAAUAGAUACAUAUAAGACCUGUUUUUUCACUUUUUUCCCCAAAUUGUGAUUUUAAAAAAAUGCCAUAUACAUUGGUACCUCGACAUACGAUCGCUUCAACACACGAUCUUUUCGACAUCCGACGUAAAAUUUGACUCGCCAUUUGUUUUUACAUCCGACGCCAUGCUCUAAAUACGAUGAUCUAUGACAGCACCGCAGUCUCUUUGUUUUCCCGCAAGACGGAAGCACGCCAUAUUUUCUUGUGAGAGAAAUAAACAUGAGUUCCAACAAUGUUAGUGCAAGUGGUGAAAAAAAAAGAUGAUGCUUACCAUAGACCUGAAGAUGGAUAUGAUAGAAAAAUAUGAGCGUGGGGUGCACAUCCGUGAUAUGGCUCAACAAUCCAGCCGUAGACUGUCUUUCAUGGUGGUCCUCCUCCGUUCGUCCGUCUUUAUAAGUUAAGGUGGCAAUUAUUAUUGUGGUACAUCACCAAAGAAAUCGCCAGCUUCGUCAGGUUUCUAAUCAUUUAUUCCAUCAACUUGUGCAGCACAAAACGCCUAGUGUCCCCCGCAGCAAGGUAAACAAAACGAACGUAAAAAGGCUCAAUCCGUAAAGUCAGCCAUGCGAUGCGUUCAGGUACACUUUCGCCUCAUUAGAACCCGCUUUGUUACAUUAUUACAGGUAAUAUUAUUAUUAGUAUUAAUAUUAUAUUAUCAUUACAAUUUUUCUUCAUAAUUUAUUUGUUUUGCUCUUUGUAACUGAUAUUUGCAACCGUAACAUCAGUAUUUAUUAAGAAUUUAGUUUAGGUUUUCCAGCUGUGGAACAAAUUAAUUGAAUUAUAAUGUAUUCUUAUGGGAAAAUCCUGUUCAACAUACGAUUAUUUCGAGGUAAUUUUAAACAAGUUACUGUCCCACCAAAUUAUUUUUAAACAAGAAUAAAGUGCUGUACUGUAGUAGAAAAAUGCUUGGCUUUAUUCAAAUGCUUCUGUUACCUCCCUUGGCUGUGAGUCUUGGAGUGACAUAUGGAAAUUACAAACUGCUCGGGAUCACUUUUAACACGUUUAUUGCUGCGAACACAACACGUCUGGCUGCCUCGAACGUCACUGCACACACAUACAUUCAUUCCAGCGUGCGCUUGCCUAUCCCCCUGCCCGCGCAUGCGCACACAGAGCCUGUUUGUUCCAAGGCAGCACUCGCAACACUUCAUUGAGUGAGUCUACUCAAAUCCUCUCACAUACACACAAUGAGUUGCCACAGCAACUGUUCAACAAGUUCAACGAUGAUUGACGCAUGUGGCCCUUUUGAAGCUCGUGACUCUGGCAAGAUGAAACACAAACAUUGUUCAACAUCGUUAACUUACUGCCGCAGUGCCCGACAAACAAAGAGCAGGGAGGGAGGGAGCAAGACUGAGACUAAGCGAUCGGCUUUUUUUUUUUUUUUUUUAAAUUGAAAAAAAAUCUGCGAUGGACCGAGGGCGCGAAGUUGCGAGGGAUCACUGUAAAGGAAACAUAUUUGCAAAAAAUUACUUUUGAAUUGCUGUGGAAGUGUGAAAUUCCACAACCAAGUACAGUGAAUCUGGUAAAUUUUCUGUGAGCAAGCCCUUCUCUAUUUUACUGUGCUCGUAAGCUCAGAACUUUGCUUCUAGGAUGAGGGGAAGGAGCCUUUCCCAAGCAACUAAACAAAAGUACUGACACGUACAAUGAACAAACUAAUCAUUCUCACAGUAUGGGACAAUAUACAAUAGAGUCUUUCAAAUGUGCGAGAAAGCCAGAGUUCCCAUACAAACCCAGGCAAACACAGGGAAACAUGCAAACUCCAUAUACGAUUCCAGUAGGAAAAAAAACUUAAAUCUGCGAGCCAGCUGUGCCAACUACUUGUUUACCGUGCUCCUGGGCAUCAAAAUAUGUCCCUUUAAUUCUAGAAGUGACACCAGAAUGUCCUGAAUGAGGGAUUGGCUGCCACAUAUAGUAGCAACGUGUGAUGCUGCACAGUCAGAUGCUCGAGAUUUUCGAUCGGGGUGGAGCUGAUGCUGAUGCUGAGCUGUACACUGAGCAGCCAUCCAGUCGCUGCAUCACUUUUGUGUAGGAAAUCACUGUAGGGAAGGAAGCAAUGGCAGCAGUGAAGCACUUAGGCUGAUGGUGCCUCCCUCCAUCUCCCCCUUGCAACCAUAGGGGAGGUGGGGGGCGAUCAUGUCUGACUCCAGCGCUACAGGACUGAUCUUUAACAAGGGUUCAGCCGAUUCCUACACUAGUCGACCCUCGGAUUCCGACCUGUCCCUGGAGGACGACCAGGAGGCGUCUCGGCGCGAAGCCGAGCGCCAGGCUCAACUGCAGCUGGAGAGAGCCAAAUCAAAACCAGUGGCCUUUGCAGUGAAAACCAAUGUUAGUUAUUGUGGGGCUCUGGAUGAAGAUUGCCCAGUCCAAGGAGCAGCCAUUAAUUUUGAAACCAAAGACUUUCUGCACAUUAAAGAGAAAUACAACAAUGACUGGUGGAUCGGUCGACUGGUGAAGGAGGGAGCAGACAUCACGUUCAUCCCGAGCCCUGUCAAACUUGAGGCCAUCAGGAUAAAACAGGAGCAGAAGGCGGCGGCAAGGAAAGGAGGCAACGCGUCAUCUGGAGGCUGGAGAUCCACGCCACCAUCUGCAGCCAAACAGAAGCAGAAACAGACUGAACUCGUCCCCCCAUAUGAUGUUGUUCCUUCAAUGCGGCCUGUGGUGCUGGUUGGACCUUCGCUGAAAGGCUAUGAGGUGACAGACAUGAUGCAGAAAGCCUUGUUUGACUUUCUAAAGCACAGGUUUGACGGCAGGAUCUCCAUCACACGUGUGACUGCUGACCUGUCACUGGCCAAGCGCUCGGUGCUCAACAAGAAGGCUAUUAUGGAGCGAUCCAACACACGGUCCAGCCUCGCUGAGGUUCAGAGUGAAAUUGAGAGGAUCUUUGAGCUCGCCAAGUCCCUGCAGCUUGUCAUCCUGGAUGCAGACACCAUCAACCACCCUGCACAGCUACUCAAAACUUCUCUGGCCCCUAUCGUCGUCUACGUUAAAGUGUCCUCACCCAAGGUUCUGCAGAGGCUGAUAAAAUCUCGGGGGAAGUCACAGAGCAAACACCUGAAUGUCCAGAUGAUGGCAGGGGACAAACUUGCUCAGUGUCCGCCUGAGAUGUUUGACGUGAUCCUAGACGAGAACCAGCUUGAGGAUGCAUGCGAACACCUGGCCGAGUAUCUGGACAUUUACUGGCGUGCGACUCAUCUUCCUUGUUCUGCCCCUGUUAACCUAGCCCAGGACCAAAAUGUGAUCACCCCUCCAUCUGCUAAUUCCAGUCAACAGUUCUCUGAGACUCAAGAGUUAAUCGAGUAAGCACUUGUGACCAAGAGGGGCCUAGUGUGCCACCGUGGCGAAUUAGCAGCAUCUCCAUACUCAUUGCGAAUGAGGACAAACGGCAUAAGUAGCAGCAGGAAGCGGAUGCAAGUUGGGGAUUGAAGGGGGUCCACCCAUAACCCCCCACCUCACCCUUUCCUCCCAGUGCCCCAGUCAGUACUGCCCCUUGCUCCUGAUGCCAUGUGACAACUCAGGGUCGCUUUCUGCACACUUUCUGAUAACCUUCUGCAACACACCGACACGUACGCAGUCUGGCGCAAUGUUGUACACCGUGGUGAGGGAUCCACUUUCCGGUCGUCUGUCAGUCAGUAUGAAGCCCACUACACACGUAAAAAUUGUUGGGAACAUUUCCCAUGUACUUUGCUUACACUGUACACAGUAUAACUACUACUACUGUUUCUACCCUUACCACUAUCAUACUACAUCAGUACUAUAACUAAUUUACUAGAUUAUCAUUGUCGCUAUUUCAACUAAUACUAAUAGCUAUCUCCAAUAGCCAUCUCAAU